AUUGACAGUUCGCACCAGCCUGAAUGUGUCAAACAUUCCUAAUUUUUUAUCGUGAUUUAUAGUGAAACAAUUUUGAAAUUAAUAUAUAAUAUAUCUAAUAGCGGUGAACCAGGACAAUACCUCGUUGUUUGUUAUCAUUUACUGUCCAAAAGUUUCGUUUCAAUAUCGAUAUCAGAAGCGCCAUGUUGAAGAUUAUCAUCGUGCCCUCAGGGGAAUAGACCAUUUUAUGAUAAAGCAUUAAAAUUUCGUGCUAAGCGUGUAAUUUCGUAGUUAUGACGUGUUAGUGCAUUAUAGGAUCAUAUUGUGGUGUUUUGUCGUGAAUGUUCGAGGUGGACAUGACAGAUCGCGGGGUGGAAGGCAUGAACCACAAAAUGGACGAAAUGGAUUACACAAUGGCUGGCAUGAACCUAAAAGUCGAGGGAGUCAACAUGUCCCAACAGUUACCACCCCCCCUAUCACUCCUACCCCCGUUGCCACCAUUACCAACCCACAUGGUUCAAAGCGAGGGCACUUAUCAGCCUAUGGCGGAAACCGCCCCGACAGUGCCAAAAGUCGAACCCCCCAUGCUACCCCACGAACUCCCCAACCUACCACCCCAUUUGCUGCCCAACCUGCCAGCAGACUCCAAAGGCCCUAAAUACAUAAGCGUGACGAGCGACCAACUAACUGAAGAGCAAAGACAAAUGUACGAAUCUGUGUUAUCAACAUGGAAGCCCGUCUUGUUCCCCAAAUCGGUCAAACGUUACAUCUGCGAGAAAUGCAACAAAGAGUUUAAGAAUUACCAAAAUCUUUAUUUGCACACAACUAGAGUCCAUUCAACGGAGGAUUCGGCCGUUCUCUGUGACCGGUGCGACAAAUCAUUCAAAAAUAAACACUACUUGUACAUGCACAGAAUGAAUAAGCAUUAUUCCGAAUCUGAAAAGUGCUAUUGUCAAUUCUGCCUGCAGGAAUUCCGUACGGGCCGCGCGUUGCAUAUGCACGUUAAGAAAGUACACCCAAACACAUUACCCGAGAUCAAGUGUCCCGAAUGCGGCAAAGAAUUCAACGUCCCAUACAAACUGAGAUACCACAUCGAGAGAGUCCACAGAGCUGACAAAGAAAAAUAUAAAUGCCAACUCUGCCAAAAACUGUACAAAAGCCAUUUAAACUUAAACAGACACAUGCAGUUCCAACAUUCUCACGUCGAGAGACAUCCGUGCGUGUUUUGCGAUAUGACCUUCAAAUCCCGCCACCAUAUGAAGCGACAUAUCCUGAACAUCCACCCGCCUUUGGAGUCCAAAGUGACCUGCCCUGAAUGUCUUAAGGAGUUCAAAAACGACCAGUACCUCAAAGAACACAUGCAGAUCCAUUCAUCUGCUGAUUUAAAAGUGAAAUGUGAUUUGUGUGACAAAUUCUUCCACUCGGCUAUACGUCUGAAGAAGCAUAAAAAGAUAGUGCACCCGUCUAAGCCCAAGAUUCGCUGCGAGAAGUGUGACAAGGAAUUUGCGCACGCGCACUACCUGCGGCGUCACAACAAUUCAGUUCACGUUGAUGUCGACGAGAAGAAUUACGAACACGAAUGCGGAUUGUGUGGCAAAAAGUUCAAACUGCAGCGUUAUUUGAACAAUCAUUUGCAGAGACACGAACAACAGCACCUGAAAAGGAUCUCACAAAUGGUUAAGACCGUUAUGAACGAAGACGGCACAGAGGUGCAGGUGAAGCGGCGCGGCCGACCGAAAGGUAAGAAAAAUAAAGUGACUAAAGAAAUUGAGUUUAUUAAGUGCGAACCGGUGUCCAGUUCUGAAUCCGAGAGCGAUGGUGAAGAAGAAGAUGAAGCGACUACCGAGGAAGAAUCUGAAGCGGAGGAGUCAGAGUAAAUAUGUACAAAAAAAUAUGUUUUUUGUGGCAUUAUCAUUAAGGUGCAUUUUACACCAAGCUUAUAUGAUUGCUCAUCUGUUCCCAUCUUAAACUUGUUGUCUGACAAAUGGCUUGCCCGGAUUGGCCACAGCCUAUGGCCAGUCAGAGUGAGAUAGAAUGAGCAUUUACUCGCUUGGUGUAAAUCAGUCUAAACUAUUACGUCGGAGAAUGUUAAUCAAACUAUACCUAUAUGUGCUGUGUUUUUAAACGUAAGAAUAUUUUUUUUUUGUAGGCAAAUCAAAAGUAUAGUUUUGUGCUUGUCGGUUUGGGUUGUUUAAUAUUAAUUCGAUUUACUAAAGGGCAUAGAGACGGAAAAUAUUUUUUUCUUACUCUAUGGUUCUUGGUAAUGGUUUAGGGAAACCACGAGUCAAUGUAGGGUUUAGUUGUUUAGCGUAAGGUGGAAUUUUUAAAAACUUUUAAAUUACUUCUAAGCUAAAUCUUAAAAUUCUUAUUGAAAAUUUAUAUUAUUAAGUGUUAGAAAUUUUAAAUGAUUGUUUUUAAUUAAGUCAAGUUUUGGAGAUUUGAACAUGUCUAGCCGCGAAAGGUAUUCCGCGACAAUAUGUGGAACUAUCAAAAACUAUGGCUCGGGCACGUUGUUGUUGUAUGCGACUGUGGCGCCGCGACCAGAAAGCUCGUUCGCGGGGCGGACUCAAACUGUGUUUUUGCACAUUACGAAAUUAUAUAUAACUACGAGUAUUUUUGAGUAGAAUAUAAAUGAGUGCGCUGUCUCCUGUCGACUGGCAACACUGCGUGUGUAUCAACCAAUCGUGACCAUUCUAUUUGGUAUUGCAAUGGCAAAAAAAUUAGUUAGUUAAAAAUACGUUUUUUACUAUUUAUAGGCAGGCUGUACUGCGGGAUUUUCUUUGAAUUAACGUGAUUGAACUAAAUUAGGACUGUAUAUUAGAUUUUCGGCAAAAAAAAAUUAAAUUAAAUUAAAUAAAGUAAAAUUAGUUUAUCAAGCGUGCGUGUGCCGUUCUCUUGUGCGUACACUUGAAAUUGUUUAAUUAAUUUAAAACAAAAGUAUAUAUUUAAAAAAUUCCUAAUUCGAUUCGAAAUUUAACAUUUUUAAAAUUCUAGGAGAAUUUUUUGUAGAACAGUAGAACAGUCCAAUAACUGAGAUAAAUAUAUAUAUAUAAAGGCAAAAAAUGACAUUCCGAUUUGCCCUCACCGAUUGCCCAAGACUUCUUAUAAAGAAGGUAUUCUAAAAAUACAAUUUCUUUGUCUAAUAUUAUUUUUCCUUCAUUUUACGAAAUAAAUAGUACGGUCAACUGCACAUCGACCUACCAAAAUUCAUUGAAAACUCGUCGCUAUUAUACCGCGCCAUAGAGGUUCAUGGAGGGUGACUCGAUGUGCUGUUGACUGUACAGUGAAAUACGAUUGGAAAAUGUAUAUCGCUGAAUUUCAUCUAAGUGGCAAUGACCGCCAUUUUGAUUUUAAUGUCAUAAAGACUUGACAAAUGUCAGUGUUGCUGGCAUAUUGAGUAAAGUCACUCUAUUUUAUAGAUUAAAUGUACAUUCGAUAACAAAAUUUGUAUUAAAUACUACCCGAAGACUAGAUAAUCGGGCGGACACAAUGUCCCAAACAUGCUGUAUUGAAAUAUAUAUAUAUAUAUAUAUAUAUAUAUAUAUAUAAAUUCCACAUGAGUUAAUUUUUUUUUUGAGGGAAAUUUUUACCAAACGUUUAUUAAUCAUUCGUCUCUUUCUGUGUAAUAGGAAAUAUGCUUAUGUAAAUUCGCUAUAUUUUUAAAUUAGGUAUUGAAAUUCUAGAAAUGGUAAUGUAUAUACGCACCAUAGACAAAAGAACCUAGGUUCCGUUGUCUGUGAUAAAAACCCACGUAGAUCGGCAGCAAUGUGACGCAAUUUAAAAUUCAUUCACUCAUGUUGUAUAAUAAUUUUACACACAUAUAUUUUAUAAACGAGAGAUAUAUAUAUAUAGAUACGAUUUUUAAUUAAUAAAAAGCGUACUUUAACCUAAAGUGUGUUUUGUCUCGUAAUUUUUUCCAGUCUAAGAGGUACUUAAUAAUUUGACUCACCACCACAGUUAUUUUGUAGAUUCAGGGCGUGGUUCACAACUUGCUGAUAAAUUAUCUGAUAGCCUAUAUGUAACAUAUCAAACAGCGUUAAAAUUGUGUUUCUCGAGUUUGCGAUACAGCUGACCAAUCACAUCAGGCAGAUUUAUUUAGCAUUUAGUUUAUCUGUCAGAUUACAAUUUGAUGUUUUGUCAGACGUUAAGUCUAUAUACGAUUUGUGUAUAAUCAUUUGAUAUAAUUGAAAUACAUUAACGAUUUUACAGAUUUAUCAAUAUUUCUAACUGUUAUUAAGAUAACAUUUUUUUUUAUGUGCUAGAUGUCUAGUUUUGAUGUUACAAUCCCAAUACUUCGGGUCAGAAUGUUCGAUUUAAUUACUGACAAAUAGAUGUUGAUUUUGUAAUAAUGUUAUUUUAGUGUUAAGAUCUUGGGUGUAAAAUAUAAUUUGUUUUUAAACAUGUUUGUGAUAAUCUUGCUAAGUGUACAUAUUAUAUUAAAAAUGGUGGAUUUUAUGGAUUUGUAAGACAGGGAUGCUCAAAAAUUGGCGGGAAUAUCUAAUCAUAAUAAUUAUUAUUAAGAUCCAGAUAUUUGGACAGUCAACAGCACAUAAAUCUACCUACAUUAAUUGCAAACUAGCCGCUAUAUUACCGCGCGACUGUACUAAAAUCAUAACGCAAAAUAAAACUUAACCUAGAAAUGGCGGUUAUGCAAAGUAAUCUUAUGACGAAAACAGUUACAAAUUUAUUUAUAUAGCUCACGUUUCGUGCGACGUUGCAGUCGGCGUGGUCGCACCCAGAGCGCUAAGUCCCGUUGUGUAGUUAAAGUGUUAAAAGCGUGAAAGUUUAUAUUCUAUGUGGUUAGUGUUUGUACGCACGGUAAUUUGGCAUUAAGAUUAGAUUAACCGAAAUUAUGAAUAAUAAAAUGUCACUUGUCUACUAUUACAAUACUACUAGUAGGUAUAAUUAAUUAAUUAGAACACGCUAGAAUGUAGUGUUGCCGAAAAAUCAUUGUUUUACCAUCGAUAAAUGUCGAUAAUCAUACGGAACAUCGACAGUGCUAUCGAUAAACAGACGAUUAAUGUGCAUAUUUCAGAUGCCGAACUAUAGCUUGCCUUAUCCAAACUAAUAUUAUAAAUACGAAAGUAAGUUUGUUUGUUACCUCUUUGUGCUCUAUCUACUCAACCAAUCUUAUUGAAGUUUUGCAUACAUGUAGUUUAAAGUGUGGAGAAGGACAUAGGGUACCUUUCAUCCCGGAAAUAACACAGGCGAAGCCGUGGGCAAGAGCUAGUAGUUUAUAAAAUUCAAAUUCGAAAUUAUUAAACUUAGGAUGAUAUACAUCCCGUCAAAAAUUUUAUAAGUAAGUUUACUGCCGCAUUCCAAAGCUCAGGUGAAGAAGAAGAAAAUCUUACCCUGCGUUCGAACGGGCGUAAUUUCAACGCGCGUUAAAAAUGCGCUGGCAAAGAACGCGAGAAUCCGUGUAUCCUGUCACACGGCAACUUUUUAUGGCAUUUUGAACGUCGUGCGGUAGACGGCGGCACGAAUAUUGAAUAUCAUAUGUCGAAAACGAAUAUAUAGUCGCCAAAGUCCGCGUUUUUACUAGAGAUGUAACGGAUAGCAGUUUGGCCGGAUACCGGAUACCGGAUAUUCGGCCUACCACCUGGCCGGAUAGCCGGAUAUCUGGCCGCCGAAUAUCCGGCGGAACUUAGCCGUUUGGUGCAGCGCACACACACUUGGCGUAGGCGACGCGCGAACGAUCGGGUGGCCUCGGUUUGAUUCGGGUCUUUUCGUUGAUGAGCGAAGUUAGCAAUUCUUUCAUUCAUUGACUUAUUGUGUCGAUUGCAGUGCAGACACGUGCGUGAUUUUAGGUUAUUAUUUCACUGUGCUAUUGUUUUAACAACGAGAAAUGGCAUCGGCGAAGAAAAAGUCGCCCUUAUGGGAAUACUUUGA